UUGCUGCUAUCUGCCUUAUAGUAGUUUAUAUUGUUAGUUAAACAUAAAUGAGAUCUGGGUUCUUUUCAAUUUUUCAUAAGCUUGUGAUUUUUUGUGCUGGAUCUUUGAGUGAUUUACUUUAUUUUUCCCAGAUCUGAAGUUUGUGUUUGCUUGUACUGUUAUGAAAACGAAAUUCUCCGUUUUCUUCUUUAACAGUUAGUUCAUCACAAUAUUUCUGCUGUUAGGCCCCUUGUAUGGAACUUAGUUUUUUUUUUCUAGUUUUAUGGUAUUAAAGUGAGUGCUUUAGCUUGAUUUAUUUUGCCGCCCCCCUCUGAAGAAUAAUGCUGGUGGCUGUUGCGACACUGUGACUUGGGGGCAGUUUGUGCUGCUGGAAAUCGCUUUGUUGCCAUCAUGCUCAAGCAAAUUCUAAGCAAACUCCCACGGAAGUCGCAAAAAUCCGAUUCUUUAGAUUCAGCUGGACUUGAUUCUGGCAAUCAUACUUCGAACUCGAGCAAUGGAGUUCAAUGUACGAAUAUUGGGAAUAGUAUAACAAGUCGACUAAGUGUUGUUAAACGGGUGUCAUCAGCUGUUUUUCCUGCUAGUAUCAUGGCUGGAGUGGAGGCAGUGGAGCCGAAUCUAUCAUUCAAGGAUGUUUCAAAUCCGCAGAAGCAGAACUUGUUUAUCAGUAAAUUGAACCUGUGUUGUGAGGUUUCCGAUUUUAGCGAUCCGGAAAAGGCUUCUUCUGAGCAAGAUCUUAAACGCCAAACAUUGAUAGAACUUGUCGAUUUCGUUUCUUCGGGGUCUGCAAAGUUCAACGAACCAGCAGUGGCUGCAAUGUGUAAAAUGUGUGCCGUUAAUCUGUUCAGAGUUUUUCCACCUAAAUAUCGCUCUAAUACCUCCAGCGGUGAAGCAGAAGAUGACGAACCGAUGUUUGACCCUGCCUGGUCCAAUUUGCAACUCGUGUAUGAUCUACUUCUUCGGUUUGUCAGCUAUAGUUCUCUCGAUGCAAAGGUGGCAAAAAAGCAUGUAGAUCAUUCUUUUAUUUUGAAAUUACUUGACCUUUUUGAGUCUGAGGACCCUCGGGAAAGAGACUGUUUGAAAACAAUUCUGCAUAGAAUUUACGGGAAAUUCAUGGUACACAGGCCCUUUGUGAGAAAAGCUGUUAGCAAUAUCAUCUAUCGAUUUGUUUUCGAAACCGAAAGGCAUAAUGGUAUUGCUGAGCUCUUAGAGAUUUUUGGAAGUAUUAUUAGUGGGUUUGCUAUACCAUUGAAGGAAGAGCACAAGAUGUUCCUAUGUAGAGCUCUUAUACCGCUACACAAACCAAAGUCCAUCGGUGUUUAUCAUCAGCAAUUAACUUACUGUGUUGUACAGUUUGUAGAUAAGGAUCAAAAGUUAGCUAAUAAUGUGAUUAAGGGACUGUUAAAGUACUGGCCAAUUACUAAUAGCCAGAAGGAAUUGAUGUUUAUAAGCGAGUUAGAAGAGAUUUUGGAGAUGAUUAACAUGGUCGAGUUCCAAAAGAUCAUGGUUCCUGUGUUUCGGCGUAUUGCAUGCUGCCUAAAUAGCUCCCAUUACCAGGUGGCCGAACGAGCUCACUUGUUAUGGAACAACGAGCACAUCCUCAAUCUCAUUACGCAUAACCGUCAUGUGAUUUUCCCUCUCAUCUAUCCGUCCCUUGAACGGAAUUCCCAGAAUCAUUGGAAUCAAGCAGUGCUUAACCUGACACAGAACAUAAGAAAGAUGUUCUGCGAGAUGGAUGAAGAGCUUCUGCUCGCCUGUCAGCACAAGUUGGAGGAAGAAAACUCCCAAUUGAUUGAAGCAGCUGAGAAGCGGAAACUAGCAUGGGAACGCCUGGAAACCACUGCCGCUGCUUUCAAACCUGCAGCUACUAACAAUGUCCCUCCUGUAAAACCAGCCACACUGCCUGUCGCCUGUUGAUUGGCAAAAGAUAGAUAUAUGCAUAUAGUAUAUAUAUAUAUAAAUAGCCUGCUCUGAUUGCAGUGUUGGAUGUUGGUUUCUUGAAUACGAUGGCCGAAGUUGUGAUUCAGUAGGGUCUGUAUGUCAUUACCAAAAAUAGGAGGGGGUUUGUAUUUUGUAUCUAAAAGCUGAAAUUGCUGUACUGAAAAUUACUAGUGGUACUACAUUACAGUUGCCUGGAAAGGUCGAGAGGCAUUGAUGAAUGAUGAGUUGUUGGGUUGCAAGUAUAUUAUAUGUAUAAAUUAUUAUGGGGUAUGUAUUUUUGUA